AUGAUAUUAACCGUGUUCUUGAGCAACAAUGAACAAAUUUUAACAGAAGUUCCUAUAACACCAGAAACAACAUGUCGAGACGUUGUAGAAUUUUGCAAAGAACCUGGAGAAGGCAGUUGCCAUUUAGCUGAAGUCUGGAGGGGCAGUGAGCGCCCCAUACCUUUUGAUCAUAUGAUGUAUGAACAUCUUCAGAAGUGGGGGCCACGAAGGGAAGAAGUGAAGUUUUUCCUUCGACAUGAGGGUUCCCCAACUGAGAGCAGUGAACAAGGUGGCCAUCAGACCCAAGAGCAAAGAAUUCAGAGAAAUGUAAUAAAUGUACCUGGAGAAAAACGCACUGAAAAUGGGGUUGGGAACCCACGUGUUGAACUUACUCUCUCAGAGCUCCAAGAUAUGGCAGCUAGGCAGCAGCAGCAGAUUGAAAACCAGCAGCAAAUGUUGGUUGCCAAGGAACAGCGCUUACAUUUUCUCAAGCAACAGGAGCGCCGCCAGCAGCAGUCUGUCUCUGAAAAUGAAAAGCUUCAGAAAUUGAAAGAACGCGUGGAAGCCCAGGAGAACAAGCUGAAGAGGAUCCGAGCCAUGAGGGGACAAGUGGACUACAGCAAAAUCAUGAACGGCAACCUGUCUGCCGAAAUAGAGAGGUUUAGUGCCAUGUUCCAGGAGAAGAAGCAGGAAGUACAAACUGCAAUCCUGAGAGUUGAUCAGCUGAGCCAGCAAUUGGAGGAUUUAAAGAAAGGGAAACUGAAUGGAUUCCAGUCCUGCAACAGCAAGCUGACGGGGCCAGCAGCGAUGGAGCUGAAGAGACUAUGCCAGGAGCUGCAGAUUCGUAACCAGCUAAACCAGGAGCAGAAUUCAAAACUCCAGCAGCAGAAGGAGCUUCUAAACCAGCGCAACAUGGAAGUGGCACUGAUGGACAAGCGCAUCAGCGAGCUGCGGGAGCGCCUCUACGGGAAGAAGAUUCAGCUAAGCCGGAUGAAUGGCACAUCCUCCCCGCAGUCCUCCCUGAGCACAUCCGGCCGAGUUGCUGCAGUGGGGCCUUACAUCCAGGUGCCCAGCGCUGUCAGCUACCCUGGGCCAGGGGACCCAGUUAAGCCCCAGUCUCUGGCGCUCGCCCCCAGUGCUGCGCACGGACGAUCCAAAUCUGCUAAUGAUGGGAAUUGGCCAGCGUUAAAACCAACUCCCAGUGCUCCGGGGGGCAGCGCCGACUGGAAGGACAUGAGUGGGGAGGGGCCUUUGAAGCCGGGCACCAUCUCCAGUCAGCCUCUGCCUUUGGGGGCCACCGAGAAGCUGGGCCUUGAGGUCGGUAAAGUGCCACCACCCAUCCCGGGGACAGGCAAGCCGCUGCCUCCAAGCUACGGGACAUACCCGAGCCCUGCGCCCAUGGUCCCAGGCUCAACCAGCUCCCUGGAAAGGAGGAAGGAGAGCAGCCUGCCGAGGCCCGGCCCUGGCCUGCCAAGUCGGCCAAAACCCGCCCCCCUGCCACCAGCUGCCAGUGCCCACCAACCAGGGACCUCACAGCAGAUCCAGCAGAGGAUCUCCGUACCCCCAAGCCCCACAUACCCACCGGCCGGGCCACCAGCCUUCUCAGCUGGAGACAGCAGGCCCGAGCUUCCCCUGACUGUGGCUAUCAGGCCCUUCCUGGCUGACAAGGGCUCGAGGCCACAGUCACCCCGGAAGGGCCCCCAGACAGUGAACUCCAGCUCCAUCUACUCCAUGUACCUGCAGCAGGCCGCCCCCCCAAAGAGCUACCAGCAGGCUGCACACAGCAAGUCCGUGAAAGCAGUGUACGGCAAACCCGUCCUGCCCUCGUCGGGCUCCACGGCUCCAUCCCCACUCCCCUUCCUCCACGGGCAGCUGUCGGCUGCAGCACCGCCCUCCGAGUGCACUGAGAAGGAGCUGGAGCCCGAGAGCCCGGCGCCGCCGUCUGGCAACAGCAGCGUGGAGAACCUGCCUCGGCCACUCAGCCCCACCAAGCUCACACCCAUUGUGCACUCGCCGCUGCGCUACCAGAGUGACGCAGACCUGGAAGCCCUGCGUAGGAAGCUGGCCAACGCACCACGCCCCCUGAAGAAGCGCGGCUCCAUCACGGAGCCCGAGGGCCCUGGUGGACCCAACAUCCAAAAGCUGCUGUACCAGCGCUUCAAUACGCUGGCUGGCGGCAUGGAGGGUACUCCCUUCUACCAGCCCAGCGCUCCACAGGACUUCAUGGGCACCUUGGCUGACGUGGACAACGGGAACGCCAACACCAACGGAAACCUAGGCGAGCCCGCCCCACCCACAGCCCCGUUGCCUCCCGUGGAGCCAGCCCCACCUCCCUCUGACGCCAACCACAACCAGCUGCCCUCCCCCGAUCCAGAGCUGCUCAUCUGCCUCCAGACCACCCCCCUCCCCUCAGAGCCCACGGAGGACAACAACAACAAUGUGGCCACCGUCCCGCCCACCGAGCACCUCCCAAGCCCUGUGACUGAGGAACCUUCUCCAGGGGACGAACCUGCCCCCCCACCACCACUGCCCCCCACCACCCCACCACCUGCAGUCUCCACGGGCAAACGCACCAACCUGAAGAAGCCCAACUCGACGCGGACUGGGCAUGGCCUGCGCGUCAGGUUCAGCCCCCUGGCAUUGCUCCUGGACGCGUCUCUGGAGGGAGAGUUCGACCUGGUACAGCGGGUCAUCUACGAAGUGGAAGACCCCAGCAAGCCUAAUGACGAAGGAAUCACCCCCCUGCACAACGCCGUCUGUGCUGGCCACCACCACAUCGUCAAGUUCCUGCUGGACUUUGGGGUCAAUGUGAAUGCCGCCGACAGUGACGGCUGGACCCCACUGCACUGUGCUGCAUCCUGCAACAGCGUUCACCUCUGCAAACAGCUGGUGGAGAGCGGUGCCGCCAUCUUCGCCUCAACCAUCAGUGACAUCGAGACUGCCGCGGACAAGUGCGAGGAGAUGGAGGAAGGCUACGUCCAGUGCUCCCAGUUCCUAUAUGGUGUCCAGGAGAAGCUGGGUGUGAUGAACAAAGGCGUGGUGUACGCGCUGUGGGACUACGAGGCCCAGCACAGCGACGAGCUCUCCUUCCAUGAAGGGGACGCUAUCACCAUCCUGAGACGCAAGGAUGAGAGCGAAACUGAGUGGUGGUGGGCUUGCCUGGGAGACCGGGAGGGCUAUGUGCCCAAGAAUCUGCUGGGGGUAAGUGGUCUCACACCCUGGCCAGGAAGGAAGCAAUCAGCUCUUCCUCCAAGCCUGCUGAGUUGCUGAAGGGGGACCCCAGUAUGACCAUGAGCCAGAGACUGGAGACGACAACGUGCUCUGUGCCCAGACCUCUCUCAGGCGAGGAGGGUGAGGCUACUGUGUGGGAGGUUUGUAGCCUCUGCUCUUUUAACAGAGGGAGGGGAGCUGGCAGCUGGUACAGAGCCUCACAGGCAGGACCUCCCCCAGGGCCAGGUGCCCAUAGAACACAGCAGGGUUGCCCAGACAAGACUGGGGUUCAGCGCCAUCAGAGACAGGGAGGCUGUGAAACCACGUGGGCCCUGGGUGGGCAUGUGAACAACUGCCCUGGUGGCCCCUCAGCACCCUUUAGUGGCCCCUCAGCACCCUUCUCCUGGCACUGACGAUUCCGUUUCCCCAGUUAUAUCCACGGAUCAAGCCUCGGCAGCGGACACUCGCUUGACCACUCGGGCCCUGAGGAGCCAUCUGGCCCUGCCCCCUGAAGUACGUGUCCUCAUGGAACCCAGCACGGCACGGCCCGUCGAGGGGCACUGCCUCCAGACACGGUCAUGUCAAUUUCUGUACAUUCACAUGCCCAGCUUCAGAACCCCACCCCUGUUGCCAGUGAGAAGUCCCUUGUUCCCCAUGGCAGGUGGGCUAGGCCCCUGAAGACACCUUUGUACUCCAUGCUCCCUCCCCUCUCCUCCCCAAAGAGCCCUCAGUGCAGGGGCCUAAGGGCUAUGGAGGCCCAGCUGAGGAGGCCCUUGGCUGACUUCUCUACAGAAGCCCAACGAGCUCCCCGCUGCCCCCUCCCCCUGGCCUGACGCAGAGCCUCUGGCCCACGGUGGGUGGGGACGCAGUGGGAUUGGACUUGAAAAGGUGGUCCUGCUGACCUCUGCUCCCACUGGACUGCCCCCCAGACUCGGACGCUGCAGUUGUCCUCUUGAAGCUGCAGGCUGGAGGCCCUGCCAUGUGGGUCAGCUGUGCACAUGGGUGCACUGUCCCUGACGCUGGCUGGUCACGGCUCACUGCCUGUGCGUUUGACGAGAAACCUCACAGUGUGAGACUCGGUGUUGGUGCACAAUAAACUGCUCCCACCUGCCAGCCGCUGCCGUCCUUCUUAGCAGACACCGGAGCACACACACAGUGAGGCAGCCGCUCUGUGUUUUCAAAAUAGGUUUAAUCAUAAGCUUUCUGUACAAACUGCUGUUGCAGCCAUUUAAGAAAGUGGAGCAGUGAGUGAGAAGGGCCUAAAAUGAAGCUGGUGGCGUCCCCUUUGUAUCAAAAGUGUGUUCAGUUGAGAUGUGACAGAGGGUGGACAGUCCAGAAACCGGGCUAAGGCAGACCGUGCAGGCACAGGAAAGACAUGAGGCCCAGUGGACACCUGAGCACCACCACCACCCCAGGGUUGGGGGGCGGGGGCGGGGAGGCAUUCUGUGGAAGAGUUGGUUAGUGAGCACUGGUGGGCAGAGCCUUCUAGUGAGCCUGGGCCGCAAAAUGCACAGUGCGGGGUAGGCGGAGUAGUGUGUAAUGUGGCUGCCUCCCCCCGUUGGUACUGGCAGGCUAGCACGCUGAGCGGGCACUAACAGCUGGGGCGUGUCACACAGACAAGCUCAGGGACACGGCUCCAAGGGCUUGAAUGUACCCAAGCGCUGGGGGGGCAGCGCCUGUCCUGUCAGUCAUCACUGGUCCCGUGAUUCAUAGAGGAGCUUGGCAGCCUGUAGGACAACCAGACUCAGCACUCGGCAGCAGGCGGGCACCAGAGAGUGGUGGGCAGACCCUCACCCUGGGCCAGCAGUACCUUGUGCAUGGCCACCAGCCACGUGGUCGCAGGCCUCUUGCUGGCGUUGGCAUCCUCCCCGGCCGUGAGCUUCAGCUGGGUCACGCUUUCUGCCCCGGGCAUGGUGUACUGCAGGAGCAUGCCGGAAGCCCGCGCACUGCCUCCUGGGAGGAGAUGUAAAGGUAAGAUGGUCCCCGGGGCCCACCUUCCCUUCCACCCUGAAGGUGGGCAGCCCUUGCCAUCGGCAGCCUGACCUUGGUGCACCCAGAACGCAGAAAAAGGUUCAGAUGUUGAGAAUGGGCCAGGUGCCUGGUGCCGACUGAACCACAUGACUCUGCACCAAGUGGCUGGCCCGGGUCACUGCUGGUUGUCGCCUGUGUGUGUGUAGAUGGCAGGGGGGUGGGGGGGAGGCUUUCUUUCAAAGGCUCUUCCAGUACAGAGCUACAACUGCCCUCAGCCAGCCACACCUCAACCAGGUGUGGCCCAGCCAGUCAAGCCUCUCGUGAGCCGAGGAGAAAUGCCCUGCCCAGCCCAGCCCAGCCCAGCAGCCCAGGGCUGACACCAGAGACCUCGACCCAGCCACUUCCCUGUGGGGCCCGGACACCCUGGACCCCGAGGAGGCUCUGCCCUGCGAUGCACUGUUCCAGUCCCACCCUGGCAAGAGGCCGCUCGGAGCAGCCUGCCCGCCAGCCAGCUCACACCCACCACUUCCCUACGGGGCUUCAAACCCACUGGCAUGCCAGGCCUUCCCAAGCAAAAACCACACCAGACAUGGCUCUCAGACUCAAGGCCACGGUCGGAUAGGCCACCUGUGCGUGGGACUGGGGUCCCUGGAGGCUCCUGCUCUGGGCUCCUGGGUCUGCCAGUCCUCACUGGUUUCCAGGCAAGGGUCCCCUAGUAAGCACCUAGAGCAGAGCCGUCAGCCCAUCUAUGCUUGUAAAUAAAGUUCUCCUGAAACA